AUGUGUUGAAAUCUUGAAAUAGGUUAUAUUUUUGUUGAUAUGAUACGUAAAUUAAUGAAUUGAUCAACAAAAUGCCAAAAAAUAAAUUAUUCGAUGAAGAUUCCGAAGAAGAAGUAGCAAUUAAAACCGAAAAUGAAUACGCUAAAAGAUAUGAUGCUUGGCGGGAGAAGGAAGAAAAAUAUAAAUUAGAGCAAAAAUAUGGGUCCAAAGCGUUAGACUCUGAUGCGUCCAGUUCAUCGGAUAGUGAAGACGAGAGUGAUGAACCUUUGGAAGUAUCUGAAGAAACUGAGACGCAGUUCCUAAAGACUUUGGCGCUUCUAAAGACGAAAGACCCGAGAAUAUACGACCCUGGAUAUAAGUUCUUUGAUGAAAAAUUAGAAAAGGAAAAAGAAAAGGAAGACAAUAUGAAGAAAGUGGUGUUCACAGACAGUGAUGAUGAUGAUGAUGACAGUGGCAAUAUAUUCAGCAUUGAGAAGAAAGCUGAAGAUGAGGAGAAACAGGAACAAGAACAUAAUAAAGAUGGCAAAUUAAAGGAUUACCUUUUAGGUAAAGUGGAACAUGUAGAAGAUGAUGUGGAGAAAGAACUGGCUCCACUGAAAGCUCUGUGGUCUGACCCCAAGCUUAAUGAAGGAGAAGCUUUCCUUAGAGAUUACAUAUUAAACAAAAGAUAUUUGGAGGAGGGUGCGGGGGAGGCGGGUGCUGGUGCGGUGGACCGGCUGCGUGAUGACGCUGAGCUGGAAGCGGAUGAGGAGAUGGUGGAGGAGCAGGGCAAGUUUGAGCGUGCUUACAACUUCAGAUUUGAAGAACCUGAUGAUGAAUUUCUGAAGCGCUACCCGCGCACGAUGAGUUACAUCCGGCCGCGCGACGAGCGGCGCGGGCGGCGGCGCGCGGAGCUGCGCCAGCGCAAGGAGGCGGAGAAGCGCGCCAAGCUGGACGAGAUCGCGCGCCUGAAGGCCCUCAAGCUCAAGGAGAUCCACGAGAAGAUCGCCAAGCUGAAGGAGGUCACCGGCAACGACCAGCUCGCCUUUGAUGACGAGGACAUCGAGGGCGACUUCGAUCCCGAGCAGCACGACCGGCGCAUGCGCGCGAUAUUCGACGACCAGUACUACGGGGACACGGACGAUAAGAAACCCGUCUUUCCUGACCUGGACGACGAACUGGAGAUCGAAAAUUGGGAGAAGUACGAGGGUGAGUUUGAUCAAGAUCACACAGAGGGUGCCGAGGAGCCGCACUGCGAAGAUGACGAUUUUAAUAUGGACGCGGAUUACGAUCCCAAGAAAGCGCGAGAGAAUCUUCUGGAAGAGUUGACACGUGGCAUGGGGAAGAAGCGGAGGAACAGAAAGAAGAAAUCGAAGCUGGCGCAGCUGCUGGAGGAGGAGAAGCCGAAGUUCGUGCCGGAAGCGGAGAGAAGCUACGCGCAGUUCAUGGAGGAGUACUACGGGAUGGACUGCGAGGACGUGAUCGGCGGAGACUUGCCCACCAGGUUCAAGUACCGGCAAGUGGUGCCCAACGACUACGGACUGUCUAUUGAAGAGAUCCUUCUAGCAGACGACAAGGAGCUGACGCAGUGGGUGCCGCUGAAGAAGCUGGUGAAGCACCGGCCGGCCGCGGCGGAGCGCGGCGAGGUGGGCACGUACGCGCUCAAGGCAGCAGAUGUGCAGCUCAAGAGGAGGAUCCUGCCCAGCCUCUUUAAAGAACUGCCACAAGAACCAGAACUCGUCGUGCCAGCAGAAGCUGGUAAAAAGAAAAAGAAGAAGAAGAAAGCAAAAACUAAUGAAGUAGAAGACAAAAAAGAAGAUGUGAAGGAAAAUGGUGCUGAUAAUAAUGACGAAGAUGUUAAUCAGAAGAGUAAAAAAUCAAAAGAAAGUGAUGUUAAUUCAAAGAACGAAGAAGACGAUUCGAAAACGGAAGAAGUCAGUCUAGUUGAGGAAAUAGCAGAACAUACAGAAGUUAAAAACAAAAAGAAGAAAAAGAAAAAACAUAGAGAACAAAAUGAAAAUGUUCCAAAUGAACCUAAUGCAGAUCACGAAAGUGCUGUAGAAGUAGAAGAAGGUCAAAAUACAGACGCAGUGCUAAAAGAGAAAAAUAAGAAACAUAAAAACAACUUCACCAUUGAAAAUUUACCUAAAGGCGAAGAGCCCAGCACACCAAGUGAUGUAACACAAAGUUUUCAAUCUAAAGGAAAAAAGAAUAAGCAAAAAUCAACUACAGAAAAACCUGAAUCACAAGGAAAUAAAUUGAAACGAAAAUUAGAACAAAACGCGCAAGAGUCCAGCGAAGUUCCGAAAAAGAAAAACAAACCUAAUAAAACAAAUGUUAAUAAAUCUAACAAAAAGAACAAAAUUAACAAGAAUAACAAAAAGAUCAAUAAAGAUGCAAAGACAGACAACCCAUUGAACAAAUUGUCAGACGAGAGAUUGAAAGCUUACGGAUUGAACCCUAAGAAGUACAGAGGGUUCUUAAAAUAUAAGAAAUUUUAACUAUCUAUAUUGUAAAUUAUAACAUUAUUUGUAAUUAU